ACUAUCCCUCCACUCUCAUAUCUGUCAUCUCACUUGUGUUUUUUCUCAAGCACUACGGACAGAAAACGCUGUGCGCGGAGCUUUAUAAGACACGGCACAAGGAGGAUGCUGACCGCCAAGGUUCGGGAAACGACCGCCACUCUCCCGGUCCCUCGGGACUGAAUUUCGGUCAAAGACAUUUAAUGGGCGUUUGUAUCGCCGUCUCCAGUGAUUUCCGUGGAUACCUGCUCGGAUAUUGUGUAAGGCGCCAGGAUGAAGAGGAUGAACUCGCGCUGGAAGUCGCCACCCAUGUGGCCGUCUGGAGUGGGCAGCAGGCAGCCUUGUCCCCGUGAAUCGGCUCUGCGCAGAGCAGCCAUCAGUGGCAACGUCCUCGCGCUCCCACCGUUCCACGUCCCCACGGGCAGGAGCGUCCGGGUCUUCAUCUGCUCAAACCCCGACGACACAGAAGCGGAGAGAAAUGCUCUGAAAGAACAUGUCUAUCCCAAACUACGAGACUUCUGCAGGGAGAACUAUGGCAUUGAGUUCCAGGUGGUGGACCUGUACUGGGGGACUGAUCCAGAGGAGUGGGACAGUCCAGAGCUGCAGAGACUACGGAUGAAACUCCUGGAAGAAUGUUUGAAGACUUCCACUGGUCCAUGCUUUGUUGGGCUUAUCGGAGAGAAGUACGGCAGCAUCCGGGUCCCAGGGGAAGUGGAGUCGGCUGAGUUUGAGAUGAUCUUGGAUGCGGCUUUGGAGGCGGGACUAGACACACGGAUCCUAGAGGAGUGGUACUGCCGGGAUGAGAACUCUGUCCCUCCUGCCUACUACCUAAAACCAAAAGCUGAGAUGCUAAAGAACUACCAGAACUCUAUUGAGUCAAGCAGCAUAGCAAAGUCAAAGAACGACAAGGCAUGGAGGGCAGUCUCAGAGGAAAUCAAGAGAAUCUUCCGAACCUCUGUUUUACAGCUGCAGGAGAAGGGAACCAUGAAGAGCGGUCAAGCCAAGAAAUUUCUCUGCUCGGCAUUAGAGGAUGAACUGGAUUUUGCAUUGGGCAAGCAAACACCAGCUUUCCUGAAGAAAUGCGUAUGUUACAUUCGGAAGAUCUCCAACUUUGACCGUUUUGCUAAGCUCCCCGAAAUGGCACGUUACAUGGACAUUGUGGUGAGCGCUGACCGCAUGAUGAGAAACCAGGAAGCCUAUGAACGUCUACUGAAAGUUCGAGAUGAGUUCAUUCCAAUGAUAGUGGCAGCAUCCAAUCUUCGGGUCUACUCGUCGGUCACUCACUGUGACAUGAAACUUGGCUACUCACAGGAAGUCGAGAGCCACUAUGUCGAGGGCCUGUGUAAACAGUUUUAUGAAGACAUGGUGGAUAUCAUUCAGGCUACUGUCCAACAGAACUUUGACACAGAGACAGACCCUCUUUACGAUGAGAUUAUACAGCAUCUGUCGCUGUGCAAGACCUUUUCAUCCUUUUAUGUGUAUAAGAGUGAAGCCUUGGACCUCAUCCAGGAAUACCUGUACCCCUCUAAAGGUGGAUGGAUAACUCCCCUUGUGGUGUAUGGAGGACCCUGUACUGGAAAGACCUUGUUACUUGCUGAGGUUGCAAAACAGGCCUAUUCAUGGCUACAGAAAGAGAUGGGACCAGAAACAGACCCAGUGGUCAUUGUCAGAUUCAUUGGCUCCACUGACUUCUCCACUGACCUCCGCACCCUGCUACAGAGUAUCUGUGAACAGAUAGCCAUCAACUACCGGUGCCUGAUCCAUUUCUUGCCAAACAAGAUUCAGGAGAUGAGGGAACUGCUGGUCAAUUUGCUAGGGGAGUCAUCAUUCCACCGACCUCUAGUCAUCAUUCUGGAUGCCUUGGAGCAGUUGUCAGGUGUCGAUGAGGCACGAAAGCUGUGGUGGCUGCCUGUCCACCUGCCACGCACAGUCCGCAUUGUAGUGUCCACCCUGCCCAACAAGCAUGGGAUACUGCAAAAACUACGUUGCCUGAUACAUGAUGAGGACAGUUAUGUUGAACUAUUGCAAAGAGAUCGCAAAGCUUGCAGUCAGACUCUUAAACAGCAGCUACUGAGCGUCAAAAGGAAGGUGACCUCUGGUCAACAAAUAUAUGUGAAUGAGGCAAUGGCAAAGUGCACACUGCCUAUGUUUGUCAACCUCAUUUACCGAGAGGUAGUUCACUGGCGGUCACAUAAGGACGUGGAUGACAAAUCAUUGUGUUCUACAGUCCACGAAAGCAUUGAGCAGCUUUUCUACUCUAUCGAAAACAAGCUCGGCUCACGCUUCAUCUUUCGGGCUCUUGGCUACAUCACAAUGGCACGGGCAGGGCUGACGGAGCUUGAGCUAGAGGACAUCUUGUCUUUGGACAACAGUGUCCUUGGGGACAUCAUGGUGAGCUCUAAUCUUAAAAAUCCACUGCGUAUUUCUUACGAUUUCAUAGCCCGACUAAAAGAGGAGCUUGAAGGUUACCUGGUGGAGCGUCAAGUCCAUAAUGUCACACUAAUGGUCUGGGCGAAUCGCCAUCUGCAUCUCAUAGCACAAAAGCUAUACCUCAGUAAUGAAGAAGACGUGCAUCAAAUGCAUAGCCUUUUGGCAGAAUACUUUCUCGGUGCGUGGGCAGGUGGUAGAAAAAAGAUAUUCCACUGCGACAAUAAUCAUUUUGCCUCACUGAAUAUCUCCCAACAUCAAAACUCUCACCACCAGCAGAGCCUUCAUGGUCAUGACAAAACUUCUGCUGACAAGCACUCGUAUGACAGGCAGACACCCGAACAACCCUGGGUGUUCCAGUGUAACUUGCUAGAACCAGACAUCUUUUUUGUCAACCACAGAAAAAUGACAGAGCUAACAUACCACUUGACAAGGAGUGGCCGCACAGAUGAUCUCAUGUAUGGUGUCAUCAUGAAUUUCAGUUGGCUCUACACAAUGAUUAAGAUAGGGCAGUUUGACAAGGCAUUGUCGGACAUUGACCUAGCUUACAGUUGCACACAAGAAAAGGAGCUGAAGUUUCUUGCCACUAUGCUUCGCAGUAUAAAGCUCAAAGUGACCAAGAAUCCGGCAUCACUGUCUGCUGAGCUACAACAAAGACUCCUUCCUGUAGUCACAUCACUUCCCAAGCUCAGACACCUUCUUCUCGAGUGUGACAAGGAUGGUCCUAAAUACUGCUCCAUCGUGCCACUGCACUCUUCCAUGGAUGUCACAUAUAGUCCUGAGAGAUUACCACUCUGUUUGAGCUACAUGCAAAUAGUGGAGAUUCUACCAACCUUAGCACCAAACAUAGUCAUUGUUGCACUUGAAGACGGUUCCGUCAGCACAUGGGAUGUUGAGAGUAGACUGCUGCUGAGGCAAAUAGACACAGCAAGGUCGGUUGUUCUUGGUAUCCGCCUAACCACAGAUGAGAAGUAUCUAGUUGUUGCCACUACAAAAAACACACUGCUCAUUUAUGACAACCACAAGUCCUGCUUAUUGUCUGAGGUGGACGUGAAAGGAUCCAAGCACUGUGGCAUCACUGGCGGAGUAGCGUUCAUCAAUGGAUUCACCUUGUCCAGCCACCAUGCCUUGGCUUGGCUGGAGGCAAGCAAAGACGUCAAUGUAAUCGAUUUACUCUGCAGCUGGCCGUUGCAUCAGUUCCAUUGCUGGUACGAAGUAACCUGUGUUCAGUGCUCCCCAGAUGGAAUGUAUGCUUUCUGUGGACAAUAUCUCAACACUACCACCAUAUUCCAUCUUGGUAGUGGGGACAAGCUUGCUACAAUGACUUCGGAAUUCUCUGGUGGCUUUGUUAAGUCCAUUCUGAUUCUAGACAUGAUCCAUCAAAUGGUGAUGAUUGAUAAUGAGGGCAGUCUCUCUGUGUGGAACACCAAAGACAUCACAAACCCGAAGCUAAUGGAGGAUUAUGACUGCCGGGGAGAUGAGAGCGAGGUGGUGAGCAUAGAGCUCUCAGAGGAUCAGCGAUCCAUCCUCAUUUGCAAAGCGAGGAGCAUUGAGGUGCUGGACACCAAGAUUUGGAAGAUGGCAGAGAAGUUCAAGGCCAAGCGUAGUGAGAAGUUUGUGGCAGCCGUUCUCUCGAAGAAUAGUCAAAGUAUCAUAGCCUCAAUGGAGAACACUUCAUCCAUAUUUGUGUGGAGGAGGGACAGUGGACAGUGCAUGGCCAGCUUGAUAGAGAUAUCUGGGGCAAUUGUGAAGCUGAUCAAAUCAACACACCAUAACUUGCUGCUAUCAGUGGCCAGCAGUGGCGUGCUUUCUGUGUGGGACAUUGACAUAAUAACAGCUAUGUCGAACAUUGAUAAAACAGGGAAACCAAUCCAAAGCCUGCAGCUGUCUGGCAGGGAGGACUUUGUGUACACCAUGGAUGGAUCAGAGGUCAUUCACAAAUGGAACUACAGCACAGGUUUCAUUGAGAUGGUUUUCAAGCAUGAAGGCCUUGUGGAGAACUGUGUUCUGACAACAUCGGGUGACCUCAUGGUGACAUCUGACGAUAAAAACAGUCAGUACAUCUGGCAUACAACCACAGGUGAGAAUAUAUUACGCAUCAAUGGCCAGAGGAUUUCACAGCUUCUCAUCACGCACAAUGACCAAUUUGUAGUGUCCCUUUGUGAACAGAAUGCCUCUCGCGUUUGGAGGCUUGCUACGGGUCACAAGGUGUGCAACAUUCUGGUUACCCUCCAGCAUGCUCUCAUAACCACAGCAAACACGUUCCUUGUUGGCACCAACAAAAACAAGUUGUUGGCCGUUAGCUUGUGGUCGGGAAGCGUAUCUAAAAAGUUCAUCUGUGAUGAUGGGAUCACAAUCAUUAACUUUAAAUUAAUCCCUGACAGUCCAGAUUAUGUGGUCUUCAUCACUUCCACAGAGACAGUUUUCAUCUGGAGUGUCGCUGAUGAGUCUGUGUGUAGGCGAGUGCAGCUGCCCAGCAACUUUUUGAAGAACCUGGAAGAUUUCCAAAUAUCACCAAAUGGGAAAUUGGGGAUUGUGUCGAAAGGUGACGAGAACAUCAAUAUCCUAGACCUCCACAGUGGUAAACUGCGACUGGUCCAUGCUGCUGGCAUCAUAUGGCGGCAAAAUCUCUCACGGGAUGGACGCUACUUAGUCUACAUCUGUUUCCGAAAUUGUGAUGAGGAUGAUGAUGCAGGUGUGGUUUCAAGUCUCAUUGUCAUGAGACUGGCAGAUGGUAAAAGCAUAGGCACCUGUUCUCUCUACAAAACGCCAACCUAUCUGUGCCUAUCACAGCGAGCACUUAACAUCAUUGUGGGUUUUGAGGAUGGCAGCAUUGGCACCUACACAGUAGUAGACCGUGUGGAUGCAGCUCUGAAAAUCAAGAUUGCCACCUCAAACAGCCGCCAAAUCGUUAACAAUGCCUCUCAGAAAGUACGACCCAAGUGUAGCACCAAUGCCUUCAAGACCAUUGCUGACUGUGUGUGGAGAGAAUCCACUGAGGUCUUCUCUCGAGACAGUCCUAUCAAUGUUUCUGACAGUGGGGAGCCAGAAACCACAACACCCACAAAAAAAACUGAACUGCUGCAAUGAGAGUGCCCUCUUUAGGACAAUAAGGGCAUGGCGGAGCAAGGUGAGGUUUGUGUACAGGUAAAUAUUGUUUACAGCAACUUUGAUUCAGCUGCACAGAUCAGUCCUCUGGGUAACACACAGCAACUGGCCAAUUGCUCUUAAGCUGCACUUAAGCUGCAAUCAAUCACCUUGUUUUUUCUUAUCAUUAACUUACUCUUAAAGGGAUAGUUCACUUAAAAAUUAAACAAAUCGUAUAACUUUCUUUCAUGGAACACAAAAGGAGAUGUUUGGUAGUAUUUUGGUCUCAGUCACCUUUCACUUUCAUCUUUUAUUUUCCAUACAAUGAAAGUGAAUUUUGAAUGUGACUAAUAUUCUGCUUAACAUCUCCAUUUGUGUUCCACAGCAGAAAGUCAUACAGGUUUGGAACACAUGAGGGUGAGAAAAUGAUGACAUAAAAUUAAUUUAUUGGUGAACUGUCCCUUUUAAAUGUGUAAGUUGAAUUCAGUAUCAUUUAAAGGAACAUGUUCAUUCAAAUAAAAUGUUAUUCAUUGCAAUAAGCCAAUCCAAUGGGCUUUACAAUAUGUUCUUCCUUAUUAUGUGUAUGUAUGCCAAUGUGGCCAUAUAGUUUAGAUUUUCUAUGAGUUUUUGUCCAAUCAAGCCAAAAUGUCACUUUAUAUAGGAGCAUAGAGAAAUGUAAUAUAUUUGUAGCCAUAUAAGAGUUGCUGCCAUUUUUUUUUUUUUUUUUUUUAUGUUCAUGUUUCUUAAUGUCCUCUGGUACUGUACCUAAAAGGAAACAUAUAUACAUAUGUACUUUGGUUGCUGCAGUCUGUGCAACUACAUAAAAUGUUAUGUUGUGCUAAAUGCAAUCAAAGUGAGUGCCUGAAACUGAUGAAGACAAAAUUGCAGGGAAUUUUUUAACAAAAAUACCUUGAUACAAAUAUUCAUUAUUACAGUAAACAUGAUCAGCAGACAAUGAAUAAUUUGGUUAAUUUGGAAUUAACAGUUCACUAUUAUAUUAAAAAGAUUUUUUUUUCUUCUUCUUCUUCUUUUUAUUCAGGUAUGCAGAGUAUAGUCUGGAGUCAUAAAGAGCUUCUCAGUAAAUUCAGGAUGCGUUCCAAUCUUUCUCUGACCGAAGUGGCAUGGAAUUCUUUGUUUGGCAUUUGCUCUAAAUGCCAAACAUUUGAGAGACAGUAUUAAAUCCAUUCUAUAUACAGUAUAUACACAAACAGUACUCUGUAAAAGUUUUAGGCAAAAUGUUUUAUAUACUGUAUAUAUAUAAAUAGAUGACCAUAGCAGGAAGUCGGUAAAUUAAAGUGUUAUUUUAUAACCUCAGUGAAAGAAUACGAACUUGAUACUGAUACUGAGAAGGUCAUCUUCUGACUCCACUGAAUCCAAGAGAUUAUGACUAUUUAUGCUUCACUUUAAAGAACGUGUAAUUAAUUGUACCAAAAUAAGGACGGUACAGCUGUACCAAGCAACAAAUAUUGAGUAUUGAUUAGAGGACUAAACCACUACUGAGGAUUUACGUGUAGCAUCUCGCCAGGAGUAGCUACGCCUUAAAUAGUUGGGUCUUCUUAUCGUAUACAAACGUGUAUGUGUAAUUGUUAGCUCAUGUUCUUUAUGAGGUAAUGAUUGAAUGUGUGCUAGAAAAAAAGAUACUUUGUAUUUUCAUGUUAUAGAUAACUUAAAUAUAUUUCUGAAUAGACUUAAUGUUAUCAUAAACAAGGUUGAUUUAUGAAUGGCCUAUACAGUAUAUUCUCAAAUAUGGUUGCCAAGACAGUGUUGGGUGGUUGCACUUUACAGUAUUCUAAACGGGUUGUUCACCAAGGUUGACUUUGAAUAGGUGUGUCACAAAUGCUAACUAUAUAUUUUUGCCUUCAGUUAUGGGUGUUCUCUGGCAUGUUGCAGAAGAAAGUAGUUUCAACAAAAUGAUCAGCCAUGCCCCAUUUAGACUAUUUUCUCCAUAACUCAAGGGCUAUUCUGUCAAAUUGUAUGUUUACCUCUAGAAAUACUGAGACAAAGGCCCAUUUACAACCCACAACCUGUAGCAGUAUUUAGGAGUGUUUAACUUCUCCCUUCAAGUGUUUCAAACCCAUAGAUAUUAUACAAUAUUUGCCAAAGUUUAUUUAUUUAUUUAAUUUUUUAUUGUUAGGUUUGUUUCAUUCCUAUUUGUUUUCAGAAUGUUAAAUGGUGUUGUUUGUAACCCACAUUUUUUCUGGCUUUAUUGUGUUUUUCUAGUGUAACUAUAAAAAAAACAAAAAAAACAUGCAUUAUCUUUGCUAAGAUAUUGAGGAAGUCCAUCUCUAUUACAGGGACGAAAACUCAAGAGAGGUGAAAAAGGUGAGAAAGUCAUAGCAGGUGUUCCAGAUGUUUAUUUUCAGUUGAUUUAUUUGUUGUAGUUAAAGCAUUUGUUGCAUUUAAAGCUUUUUUUUUUAAUGGUUAAGUUUAAAACAACUCUCUCAAGUGAUUUUAAUAUGGAAAAUAUUUAAAAUAUUACCGAACAAUUUGGGCAAAUUACCUUCAGAAAAGGUGACUUUAGCUGAAAGAUGAGUAGUCCCUCCUAUUAUACUGGAAUGCCAGUUUUAGAGUAUAUUUGAAUGUGUCAGUAUGAGAGCAAUUGAACAGUACAUUAUAUGUUAUGUAACUUGAAUGAAUUUUAACAACAUACAUGUUUGCAAAACAUAGUUCACAUACUGGUAUUGAAUGUGUUUAUUGUAUUAUUUGUAUUGUCAAGAUUGAAAUCCCUGUUUAGAGAUUGAUAUAUUUUCAUAAAUUAUGUACUUACAUUUUGUUACAAAGUUGUUUAAGUAUUCUGAAAAAAAAAAAAAAAAAAAAAAAACUAGCAGAAAAUGUGUCUGAAAGCAAUAGGACUUAGUGUGUAUGCAUUGUUUGUAUGGAACAUUUUAAUGUAAUAAAAUGCUUUUCUUUCUGCCUCUUAAAUUUGCCUCCUAAAUUUCAUUACUUUCCUUUGGGUAUAUAAGUUUUUUUUGUUUUUGUUUUUUUAAACAUAG